UAUACAAGCAGCAACCUUCUUUCUGUUCUUCACCUCUUCACGCAGUCUUUAAGGUCACGUAUCAUCUCAUCUCAUCUCAUUCUGUAAAUAAAGAUUGGACUUUUUUCAUCACUUUCUUUAAUUCUAAGUUUGGUUCUUGGAAUUCCAAGCCCUGCCCAGAGUUUUUAUUGGUCAUCAAAUCUUUUUAUUAUCUGGACAGGAGGAGGUAGAGUCAUGAAUGAAUGAAUGGUGGUGGUGCUUUUCUGCAUUCUUCUGUGACAAAACGAAACUGAAAACUUGUAUUCGUUACUCACAAAAGGCGAAAUUCUCUCGUUCCAAGGGUCCCACGCUCCGACCCCGAGGUUACUUUUCUGAAAGCAAUUGGAAAAUUCUUGCCCACAAAAAGUGAAAUUCUCUCGCCCCAAGAGCCUCCGCGCCCUGGCUCGAUAGGAUGGUGGAAGGACAAAUCACGGUAACUAAGCGGUCUCUUAAGUGGGAAGAUUAGUGUCUUUCUGAAAUACCCACAAGGAACCCACCACUUUGAGUAUAACUCCCACACUGUGAUUGUCAGGUCUAGCUCAGUCCUGUGUCCUUACCUAUAAUCUACCACUUGAGAAUCAACUGAGCUCUCUGUGCGCGCUCAGCUUAAAAGGUGCAUGAGCACACUAACAAAGUAACAAAGGAAGGGCAAGAAAUUAAAGCCAGAUGAGAUGGAUGCAGUUAAGCAGUCCAGCAUUGCCCAGAACAAGAGCAAAUUGAGCCGCGCUUUCUCUAAAGUCUUUCACAUUCAGUUUGUAAUAGGAGCUGGCCAGGAGGCAAAACACAAGUCUAGUAAGUCCCAUGAAAAAAAGGAGAAGAAUGGCGUGGUGAGAAGCGAUUUUAAUGUGCAGUUCAAACGUUUUGAUGAUGCAGAUGAGAAGCUGAGGCUAAUUGCUGCAGAAGCUUUUGUUGCCAGACUGUUUGCUAGUGUGUCAAGUGUUAAGGCGGCGUAUGCACAGUUGCAGUUUUCUCAGUCUCCUUAUGACCCCGAUGGGAUUUGCGCUGCAGAUAAGAUGGUGGUGUCCGAGUUGAAAAUGUUGUCGGAGUUAAAACAGUGCUACUUGAAGAAACAGAUUGAUGAUGAGUGUUCUCCCCAGACCACUCUUCUUUUGGCUGAAAUUCAAGAGCAGAAGUGCAGUCUCAGAACUUAUGAUAUCAUGGGGAAGAAGUUGUGUUCUCAGGUUAAGCUAAAGGACUCAGAAAUUGCAUAUCUUAGGGAGAAAUUGGUGGAAAUCAAUACAGAGAAUAGGGUGUUGGAGAAGAGACUGAAUUCAAUAUCUGUUCCCUCAGAAUUAUUAAGUCUCAGUUUUUUCAGUACAUAUCUUCUGCAGACAGUGGAAUCGAUUCAGAGUUUUACUCGGGUGCUUUGCGGGGAGAUGGAAUCUGCAGGGUGGGAUUUAGAUGCUGCUGCGAGAUCAAUUCAACCAGGGGUAGUGUUCUGGAAAGCAAACCACAAAUGUUAUGCAUUUGAGUCCUUUGUUUGCAGUGUGAUGUUUGAUGGUUUCAAUUACCAAAACUUCUCAGUUUCUUCAAGUGAGCAGAAGAAACAGCAGGAGAGGCUAUUUUUUGACAGAUUCAUGGAACUGAAAUCUGCUGAUUAUCUCGCCUGGAAACCAAAAUCGAGAUUCGCUAGAUUCUGCUGCAAGAAAUACUUGAGGCUCAUUCAUCCCCGGAUGGAAGAAUCCCUUUUCGGAAACCUGGACCAGAGGGCCAUGGUGAAAUCAGGCAAAUACCCCCCCGAGACAGCUUUCUUUACAGCGUUUUCUGAAAUGGCAAAGCGCAUUUGGCUCCUGCAUUGCCUGGCCUUUUCUUUCGACCCCGAGGAGGCAUCAAUCUUCCAGGUUAGCAGAAAAACGCGGUUUUCUGAGAUCUUCAUGGAGACAGUGAAUGAAGAAGCAUUCUUGUUAUCAGAUGGCAGUCCAGAAACAGAACCCCAGGUAGCUUUCACUGUAGUUCCAGGUUUCAGGAUAGGUAAAACUGUUGUUCAAUGUCAAGUAUAUCUGUGUUGACAAAAAAAAAAAAAAAAAUCUGUUUUAGCCAUUGAAUUGAUUGCCAAUCAAACAUCUCCAACUUUUGUGAUGUGUUCUUGAAUGAUAUGAUGUCCAAGAUUCUUAGCUAGUGGUGUGGGGGUAUUAUA